UCUCAUUGUUGGCGCACGAACGAAAAUUGUUUCGUUGUUUCUGUCGAGCGUUACGAUUAAUGUUUACCACAAAUUUGUUUGAUGAUGAUUUGAUCUCUUGAUGGUAGUAAAAUACUUUAGUGAAUUGUUUUAAAGUGAAAUAGAGCGAUCUACUUUAUUCAUUUACACGUGGAUGGCUAUUCUAUUCUAUAGUUCAUCAACGGCCAAACGUAUUUGUUAUUUUACACACACACACACACAGAGAGAGAGAAUAAUCAGAUUUAUAUGUGAGUUGUGAGUUAUAAUUGUGAAAUUAAAAUAAAUGGAUUUGGUGUACAAUUGUGGAAAAGUGUGAUUUCGAGAAAAAAAGAGAAACAAAAACAAAACUUACACGGACCGAAAUGAUAUGUUGAAAAAACGGCGGAUGCAUUAAAAGUGAAUUAAAUCUUAAAAGAAUUUGCAUACACACCGCAUCAUAUAUUGAUUACUUUCAUCAACACAAAUAUAAGAGAUUACUAUUUAUAAACUUCAUGCGAGUAAAUUUCAUCGUCUGUCAUUAAACAGUUUAUUGAAUUCAUUUGUGUGCAUUGUUGUAAAAAUCAUUUAACAUUUUUUGUGUCCCGAAUUUUGAAGCAAACAUUGAAUUUCUCGUUCACAAAUCGAAAGUGUUUUGAAUGAUUUUUUUGUGGUGCAAAAUGCAAGAAAAACCGGUUAUGAACAUGAUGACAGUGUACAUGAAUUUUUGAAAAACUUUGAAAACCUCAUUCGCCAAUUUUAAAACAAGUAUUACAAAGUGAAAAGCAAUCAUUGGCUAGCUACGCACAUAUAGAUUAAUUUCAACGUUGACCGAUUUGAUAUAGGCAUUUAAUUAGGCCAAUUAGUGUUUGCUAUACAUUCAUCAAGAUAUCGCCGAUAUCAGCUAUCGAUAGAAUUUAAAAUUGAGUUCUCCGACAACAUAGUACACCGAUUGUACUUUGAACUGUUCCGAUAACCUAAAUUUUGAACGAAUAUUUUACAACCCGUUGAUAAUCAUUCGAAAUAACAUCAAAAUUAAAAAAAAAAACAACAACCAACAACAACAAUUGAAGGAUAGUGUGGAUUGGUAUAUGCUUUAAUAUACUUUGUGUGUGCGGGGCAUAUAUGAGAAAGCGUACGAAAAACCAUAUAUGAAUUUUAACAGAAACUUAAAUCAUUGCACGCCAUGUAAGCGAAUAUACGGUUGAAACACAUUAAAAAGAUGAGCCGAAUGUGAUCCAACUAAAAAGGUGAUACAGUUAGAAGAACACCAUUGAUUCACAAGAUCUUUGCCUGCAUCUUGAUUAUAUAAUCAGAGCGUUAUCAGAAACGAAUUACGAUAAAGAUCUACUAAAUUCGGCGAAUUCAAAAUCUAGUGGAUCCGACUAAUAUCAACUACAUAAAUUGAGACGAGGAUCCACAAAAUUGAAAUUUUAUACAGAAAAUUUAUACAGAAAAACGACCAAGAGGUGAUACAACGUUUAAUGAAUUCGUGAAAUUAAAAUUAAACGGAGACGAUAUAUAUUUCCGAUUAUUCACUGUGGCGGUUGGAACAUGGGAUGCCUUGACCAGCUUAUAAUGAAAACACUUCACUAAAUUCAUCGAUAUUACACGGAUUCUUCAUGAUUUCACAAUUAGUAGCUUAAAAUUAUCAGUUCACGGUACAUUGAAUCUGAUUGACAAAGCCUAUACCAAAAACGAAAAUAGAUAGAAUUUUGCAAAUUAAAAACAUUAAACGCUUUUGGUUGUGAAUGUUUUCAAACGACAUUGAUGCUAACUUCAACGAGACCACAACUUGCUUCUGUCCAACACCAGCAUUGCCUCCAACUUCGCUAUCAUCAUCGGCACUAUCGUCAGCAGGCAACACAUCGAAAACCACCCGUCGAAGCAAACUGUACACGUCGAUCAGUAAGAUAAUCGGACUUCGAGGAAAUAUGGCUGCUACCGAUGGUCAAAUUAUUUUGGCUGCGUCUAGAUUUGGUGAUAUCUCGCCUAUUUAUCUCAGAGAUUUUUCAAAAACAGAAUUACCAGCAAUUGCCAAAAUAAUUAAAGGUCAACAUCAAAAUUUGGGCGUGCCAACUUUAUCAAAUCCAUCACUGCAAAGCACGGCCCUGUUCCUGAAUGCUGGAAAAAAGUACCAAAUUUUGGCACAGCCCAUUAAAAUUAAGGAAGGACGGAAACCAACAAAUGUCGGUCCAAAAAUUCUUAUACCUGAAAGCUACGCUGGAUUCUUUGAACUUCUCAGUGAAGAUGGACGAUCAACGCGUUGCAUCGAAUCUGUCUUAGAUCUCUCUCGCAAACCAAAUCUUCGUGUUCUUGUACGCGAAACGUUUCGUUGUAAUCAUUUAAGUAAAACGAUUCAUGCUGGUGAAAUAUUGACAACCAUGUAUGAUAAUGGAAAAUAUCUGAAAUGUAAGACCCAAAAAGAUGAAGUCAUUAGUUUGCCACUAGAAGCCAAAGCAAAGUUUUCACCAUUUGCUAAAGAGGACAGCAUAAGUGGCGUUCAUACGGUGAAAAACUUACUAAAGAAACGAAUGCCAAUUGUAGUCAGACUUGUUCAUGGUACUGCACCAAAAGGCUUGAAACAACCAUUUGUGCCAGAAUUGCGUUUGCUUGGAUGUGUCGAAGUGGAUCGUGUGUUUGCAUUGCCAUUACAAAAAGAUACUGAUCUAGUAGCUGUACCAUUGAAUGCAAAAGUCAAACUACAACGUGCUAAAAAUAUGGAACAAUUAGAAAAUUUUACCGAAUACACACGAUUUUUGGAAAAAGCCCAAAGAUUGCUGACUGAUGCUCGUGAUCGUUUGCAAAUUGUCGACUUAAAAUUAUCGGAUAAAGAAAAAAAGGAUGCAAAAAGUAAUAGUCGAAAAAUACCAGCGUUGAUUGGUGGCGUGGGAAAUGGUGGCGGCGGAAGUACACUCGAAAGUGGUUAUGUGCUCAGGAAAAGUGUUAGCUGUGAUUCAGCUAAAUACAUGUAUCAAGCCGAUUUGACACCGUUGGCCGACGAUUAUGAUGAUAUUGAUCAAAUCUAUGAUUAUGUGAGAGGUUUUGCACCACUGCCGAAAAAUUUGAAUCGCUUCGAUUCAAUAAACGAACCAAUUCACAUUGUUCAAACAACACCGAAUCAAACAAUUCAUGCGACCAUGAAAAGCAUUGACAACCAAUCAAAAUCACAGCCCGACAGCGGUAAUUAUAGCCUGAUCAAAAGCAGUAGCAAUAAUAACAAUAGCUUGGAGUCUAUCAAACAUUUAAACAACACCUUUCAUCAGCAUCAUCAUUACAGUCAAAUUGUGCCACCAAAUCAAAUUCAGGACGACGGCAAACCAAUUCCACCUCCCAUUGAGACAAUUCCGGGAAAAAAAUUACCCGAGAAACGUCAUCGGCCAACGUUACCAAAAUUAUACGUGAAAAAUGCAUGUAAUUUACAUCCAAAAUCGCCAAAUGGUAAUAUCUCACCCGGAAAUGGCAUUGUUAAUAGCAAUAUUAAUAGCAAUAGCAACGGCAACACUAACAUAAAUGGCAACAGCAAUACAAAUGGAAAUGGCAUCGUGAUCAACGGCAAAGAUGGAUUGGAGCCGCAAAGUCCACUAUUUCAUAUUAGAUAUAAAAGCUUAAGUAGUUUGCAAUUAACUCCUGAUUCAACUACGCCAAUAUCUACAGUACCAAAUGGCCAUGACAAAAGCAUAAAUCACAAAUUGAGUAAAAGUGCCAGUACACAGUGCGCUCGUGAAGGAACAUUAGAUUCAUCACGCAGUGGUGGUAGAACAUCUGGCGAAUCAAAAUUGCCGGAAAAAAAAUCGCGUCGACUAUCUCGACCUAGAAGCCUAUCGAAUUUAAUGUGGGAGCUCCGACCACAAAAAGAAAAAUCUAAAAAGAAAUUAUAUGUGCAUCAUUUUGACCAUCGACAACAAGGAACAUUGUAUCUUUAAUUUUUUUUUUAUAGAAAUCUGUUAUGAACAUACCACAAAGAACAAAGUCCAUUUGUGGCAAUUUUGAAUUUAUUCAAAUAAUUCAGUUUCCAUCAAGCGAAUACUACAGAAACAUAUGUAUUCAUGAUAAUUAUUAUUAAACAAGUUCUGAUUUUCAGAGAGAGAUAGAGAGAGAGAGAGAGAUUUUUGUUUGAAAACAAUCAAUUCAUUCCUCUCCAAAAUUAUUGGACCAAAAUAAACAUAAAUAUUGCGCUUUCAAACAGGGAUGUUUUGUAGCUUGAAUAUAUUCAUCGCAUAUAAAUACUAUACGUUUCUUGAUUUCGCAUUCAUUCAACAAGUGGAUGACAGAUAGAAUUAUUGUACCGAACAAAAACGAAAUAAAUAUAUUCAUCAGAUAUUUAUAAGCGAUGACAACGUCACAAAACAACAUCUGCUUUAAAAAUUUCUUAUCCGUACAAUUUCAACAAUCAAUUGAAAUGAAAAUACUCUGAAAUUGUUAUUACUGUCACGACAAUUCGUAAGGUAAUUCACAGUGGCAAUUAUCUAUGGAAAAGGUUUAUUGAUCACCUUUUAAACGAUAGUCAAACACCUGAUAACCAUACAAAAUUAGAUGAAAACCAUUUGGUUUUGGGCACAUGACCUACACUAUAUACAUUUGUCAAAAUGUUAUGUCUUAAUGAGAAAAAAAAAAAA